GAAUGCUUUGACUGAUAAUUAUGGUAACGUAAUGCCAGUUGACUGGAAAUCUUCCCACACCAGAGCUUUGCACUUGCCAACACUGAAUCUUUCAGAAAAAGGGGUAAAUGAUAACUUGAACCUUGACCUGUCAGAUGAUGAAGAGCUGAGAGAACAGUUGGAUAUGCAUUCUAUCAUUGUUUCCUGCAUCAACGAUGAACCACUCUUCACAGCAGAGCAGGUGAUUGAAGAAAUAGAGGAAAUGAUGCAGGAAUCGCCUGAUCCAGAAGAUGAUGAAACGCCCACCCAAUCAGAUCGGCUCUCCAUACUUUCCCAGGAAAUUCAGACACUCAAGAGGUCCAGCACGAACAACAGCUAUGAAGAGAGAGUAAAGAGAUUGUCUGUUGCUGAGUUAAAUGAACUGCUAGAAGAAAUUGAGACUGCUAUUAAGGAUUAUUCUGAGGAACUGGUACAGCAGUUGGCUCUACGAGAUGAGUUGGAGUUUGAGAAGGAAGUGAAAAACAGCUUCAUUUCUGUCCUCAUCGAAGUACAAAACAAACAGAGAGAACACAAAGAAACGGCAAAGAAGAAAAAGAAGCUGAAAAAUGGUAGUCCUCAGAAUGGCAAACAAGAAAGAGGUCAUAUGCCUGGAACAUACUUAACAACUGUCAUUCCUUAUGAGAAGAAAAAUGGACCCCCAUCCGUUGAAGAUCUUCAGACAUUAACCAAAAUCCUGCAUGCCAUGAAAGAGGAUAGCGAGAAAGUGCCAAGCUUGUUAACAGACUAUAUUUUAAAGGUACUGUGUCCUACAUGAAGAGGGCUGCCUUUCAGAAUCAGCCAUGCUCCUUCCUGUGAUGAGAAGCUUUCCGUGGAUAUAACUCAUUGUAUUUUUUCAUUUGGGCACUAUACCUAAACCAGUAUGCAUUUACCUCCUCUGUGUGUGCGUGGAUUUUCUGAUCCUACAGUAAGUCUUCUGGGCAUGACAACUCAUCCAUUUUAACUUAAUAGUGCAAUGAACUGGAGCAGGGAACAAACAUUGUACAGUUUUACUCAUAUUGUUCUGGCUUUUUAAAGUCUAUUUUUACAUUGUAUAGCAUGUAGUAAAUCCUCCCGCACAUUUUGUUGUUGGAAGGAAAAGUAAACUUUGAAUAGUGUAAAUAAAAUAAGCCUAGUUUUAAGGAAUCCAUAUUUAAAAGCAUCCUUAGUUCCUAUAGCAAAGAUGCAAAAAGGAUCGUAGUCGGGCUUGGACUAAAAGAUUCAAGUGAGUUCUCCAGGAAGAAGCACUCCAGAAUGGUGGUGGUGGAAGUCAGCAUUCGACGCUUCUUUUAAAACGGUAACUUUGAUUGAACUAUACAGCAGUGUUGUUCAUACAGUGAGCAAAUCCAGAUUCUUUGAUGGCUUGGCAUAAGUAAUUGGUGUGUUACCUAUCCUUGUUAUCUAACACAAACAUCCAAGUAAUGUAAUAUUUCAUAUUUGUUUAUAUUUUAAUUAUUCAUGUUCAUGUGGCUUAGCUAUUCUCCCAUAUUGCUGCUAUAAUUUUACUGGUUUUAAUAAGUGGUUGAUCUUAAUGAAAAUGCUUCAAUAUAAAAACAUUUUAAAAGUCUAUAUCUUUUUAAAAAUACAUGUACAGUUUGAAAAACUUGCACCUGGCUUCCAAGCUAGUAUUAUAUUGAGACAUUGGUGGUUGUGUAUCUCUAAAUUUUACUACAGAUCUCUCUUGGAAAUUGUAUGCACUCUCUCCUCUGUGACGAUGUAUCUGCAUUCAAACAGAUGAGAAUGUAUUUUACAAAUCCUGUAAAGGAAACUACCCUAUAAUCUCAGCAUUAAAAACUUGUCACAAAUAUAAUCUUGACAGUCUUAAAGAUUAGAUUGAAAUGUAAGGAGUACUAAUAAAAAUAAAGGAACUGUUCUCUAGGUUGAAUCCCUAUUGAGUCUACACCCAGAUUUAUAUACUGUAUAUGUGAAGGCACUGGAAGAUAAGGUUCUAAAGAGAUAAACAUGUCUUUUCUUCAAACAGUUUUUUCCAUUUAAAGUCUUGAGUCUUUUUAUUAGUUGAGAAAUUUCAUUCAUAUUCCAUUUUAUCAUCAUCACCAAAUACUCGUUUUGAUCAGUAAAACAUAUUCAGUUGGAAAAUAGUUCUCAUAAUGCUUUCUCUUUUUUUCUAAAAGCCUCAAUAUUUUUGUCUUUUGUGCCUUUUUCAGUCAGUAUUACUAAGUUUUCAGCUUAAAAUUCUUUCCUCCUCCCUCCCCCCCCACGUGACCACCGAUGGAUACUUGCCAGCCUGCUCAGGAAUAAAUAGAUCCUCGGCAUAAGUGUGUCAUAUGUGAGGACAUUGGUUGGGUUUUGUUUUUUGGUUUUUUUUUCUUUAUUCUACUUCAUUUGUGGUUUCUCUAACAAGAAAGUUGUCAUUUAUUUCUUUGUCUGAUGUGUUACGAACUCACUGUGGCAUGCUUUUUCUGUAGAAAUGCUUGAUGUUGACUAUUAGAUGCCUGGAAAUUGGCAAAGGGGGUGACCCUGCUUUGCUUCAUUUUUUUAUUUUUUUUUUUUUAAAAGGUGCACAUGUUGUGAAACAUGUCUCCAAAUGAGAUCUCUUCAGAGGCUUGAGGUGACAAGCUGGAGCAAAAAAGAAGAAAAUAAAAGGAAGAAUUUAAAAAAAAAAAAAAACCCAACUUUUGACAAAGUUUGUGGUGUUAGUUGUAGCAAAUCUUGGAUGACUUAAAGUCAUGAAAUACUAAAAACAGUAAAACUUGAAAGAAAACCCAACACUAAAGACCAGAAACAGCUUUAGUGAGCUAAGCAUCUGCUUGGAUAUAUCAUGCCCCUCAUCAGAAGAAACAAGAUUUCAUUACAAAAAGUACCUGUUUAUCUUGUAUGUAGAAUCCUGGCAUUAAACAACAGCUGCCAAAAGUGGCAAGUAUUAUAUAUACAUCUAUAUAUAUACAUGAGAAAAAAAAAAUCUCAGAAUAUUUGAAUAAAAAUAACCACGCAGAUCUGCUUUUCUGCUGAGGUCUAUGGACUUCAUAUUCUCUAUUAUGCAUCCUUUUUCCAGAUGCAAUAUUGAAUCUUGCAUUCUUUCAGGGAGCUGGAUUUCAUUAUUCUUUUUAGUUUUAGCAUGUGAUAGCUGUAAAUGGCCAGCCAAGAACAGUUGCUGACAAAUACACUAGAAGAGAUUUGAUAAAAAUACAUUUUUACCAAAAUCUGUUCCAUUGUUAAUACAAAGUGUGCUGGAAGCAAAGUCUCUUUAAAAUAUUGAAGUUUAAGUUAAUUAAAGUUAGGUUAUUUGUAUCACUUGCUUUAAUAGCCUUUUUUUCUUCUUUUUUUUGUUUUUUUCUUUUUUUUUUUUAAUCCAACCCUUUUUCUGGGUUUCAGCUAUUACAUUUGAUGUAAGCUUACUCAUUUGCUGGCAAGACUCAGAUUUUGAGUCAGGGACUGUCUGGGCAGUGUGUCGGAGGCAGUCAAGAGUCCUAGAGUUAGGUUUUCUUGGUUAAGGAAAGAAACUCGAAAGUAAUGUCAGUUCCCUUCUGGGGAAAGAUAAGGAUUUAGCUGGACUCUCAGCUGGUAUAGGUAAUUGGUGAUAAAGAACAUCUGCUCUUGACUAUGCCAGGUAACUGUAGCUUUGAACUUGGUGUGGUGGUUUUAUUGUAGCAGUUGACAUUGUUCUCGCUUCCAGGCUGGAUUACCUUGGUAUUCUUUCUGCAUGCAUGUCACCUGGAAGCUGCAGCUAGCCCAGAAGUGGCACUCUGUCUGCUUGGCAACAGUGUCGAUAAUCAGGUGUGUGUAUCUGCACAGCAUCGUUCACAGCAGCUGCCUCCUCGUUUCCAAGGGGACAAUUUAAGAUACAGGUUUCAACUCCUGAAGUUGUAGUAGAUGGUACAGAGCCUGUUGGUAGCAGGAAGCCUGCUUCUCCAGCUGUGGCAGCAAUGGGCAGUGGAGAUCAGCAGCUUCCUUCACUUCAGACAGCAUCUACCCAAUUCAGUUGGGAAGGGCCUAGAAGCAAAGCUUUCUAGUCAAGCGUUCUCAGCUCUGAUGCACCCAAGUCUAAACUUACUGACUUGUCUCAUCGUUCUGCAAAGCGCGUCUUUCUUUUGGGCAAUGGGACUGUAUUGUAACAGGAUCCCUGAAGGUUUGGAACUAUUUUCUGAUUCAGAUACCAAUCCUAAAUAUUAAAAACUUCUCAUGAACCUCCCAAGUUAUCCCUGGAUAUAAAAGUCACUCCAGAAACCAUAAAAACUCUGUCAUCCUGUAAAAAAAUGAAAUCUCAGAACAAAAUGGCUCUUGAAUCCUGUCAGGUAAAUUUAGUGUUCUGUUUCUGUUGGGGGCACAGGAGUGUUUAUUUUAAGCCUAAAAAGAAACUUUGAUUGUCAUGCAGGAAAUCUACCUGUUGCAACACUAAGGUAAUGCAAUUUCUUUCCAAGAUGUCAACAAUUUGCAGGUAGCAGUGAGUGCUAGGAGGGUUUUAUAGGGCAUGUCGAAUGAUGGAGGAGUGCUAGAUUCCUUCUAAUUUUUCAGUGAUAAGAAACUCUCUGCAAGGAAGGUAUGCUUUCAGUUUUUAAGUGCUUUGUCCUUGCUGGUGAAAUGAAGUGUCUCGUUCCUUUGCUCACAUUCUUUUGAUCAGGACCUAACUUGGGACUUCUUGCCUUUUUGUUUGUAUGUAUUGAUCAGCGGUGGCUCUCUGGAUUAGCUGGUCAGUGUCCAGUCCGAACAAUAAUUGUUGAAGAAACUCUGUAUGAACUGGGAGAACUAGCUACUGAAUUUUGUCACUGUAUUUUGUUUUUCUCUCCUUUAUAAUCUGCAAAAGUUGGAUAGAAACCUCUCUUUGCACUGAAUGCUAAUUUAAGCAGAGCUCAUAAUAUUGUUGUUCAUUUUCCAACUGGUCUUU